GUUUAGUCUGAUGUCGCCCGGUGUGGCUCAACUCAUCGGAUCGGCGCAUAGUUGAUCAACUUUUUUUCGACCUCGCCGAAGCUGUCUAACAACCGCCAACCAAAGCAUUGGCGGAUGGUCAUUACGUCUGGAGAUCAACUCAUGCAGUUAAACGCAAUUCCUCUCAUGAUUUCUUCGUUCAAUUGAACCAUAUCAACCCUCCUCGAGCUCGGCUUGAGCUUCGAUAGGCUCCCUUGGCAACAAUGUUACAGCCUAGGCUUCGGCCACUGGCCAGGAGCAGUGUCUCAUUCUGUCGCAGCAGUGUUGUUUUGCGCCUCACCAGAAGCUAUGCAACACCUACACAGAGCAGCAAUCGAGAGACCUCAUCCUCUCAAGGCGCAGUUUCUAGCAGCUUUGCGGUUCCCACACCUCCUACCAGGUCCGAGAAGGAAUCGGCUCUGAUGCGAACAUAUAAGCCCCGAACCCCGGGAGUCCGACAUCUCAAGCGUCCCAUCAAUGACCAUCUUUGGAAAGGGCGGCCAUACCUGCCGCUUACUUUCCCCAAAAAGGGCCAGUCGAAGGGUGGGAGAAACAACACCGGCGUUAUAACGGUCAGGCAUCGCGGUGGAGGCGUCAAGAGGAGAAUACGUACCGUCGAUUUCAAGAGAUGGGCGCCGGGGCCACAUCUCGUGGAGCGUAUUGAGCACGACCCGGGACGAAGCGCACACAUCGCUCUGCUGACCGAUCAGGCGACCGGGAAGAAGAGCUACAUUGUGGCGGCGGACGGAAUGAGGGCUGGCGAUGUUGUCCAGAGCUACCGAUCGGGCAUCCCACAAGACCUCCUCGACAGCAUGGGCGGCGUCAUUGAUCCCGGUAUCCUGGCUGCCAAGACGGCCUGGAGGGGGAACUGCCUCCCGAUGCACAUGAUUCCCGUCGGCACGACGGUGUAUAAUGUCGGUUCUCGCCCCGACGGCGGGGCCGUGUUUUGUCGCAGCGCCGGCACCCAUGCCGUCGUUGUAUCCAAGGAGGAGGAAACUCGAGAAGAUGGCACGAAAGUCAUGACUGGCAAAUACGUCAAUGUCCGACUGCAGAGUGGCGAGGUCAGAAAAGUGAGCAAGGACGCAUGUGCAACGAUCGGAGUCGCCAGCAAUACCCUCCAUCACUAUAGGCAGCUUGGCAAGGCAGGAAGGAGUAGAUGGUUGAACAUCAGGCCAACAGUGAGGGGUGUGGCAAUGAAUGCCUUUGAGCAUCCCCACGGUGGUGGCCGUGGAAAGUCCAAGGGCAAUCGUCACCCCGUCAGUCCUUGGGGACAGCUUGCGAAAGGUGGCUUCAAGACUCGGCGUACGCACAAUGUCAACAAGUGGGUGGUUGUUCCUCGGGUUCGGAACAUGGGAAGGCAGCGCGGCAAGGCAUCCAAGAAAUCCAAGGAGUAGAUGUGUUGUAAAGAUCAUUGUGUACAUUCCGGGGCCAUUCACAUAUUGUACAAUACGUUAUAUCGAAGACGAAGUAUCCUUACCUUUUGUCUUGUCACAAUUCGCAGCCUGACCUUCGCCUUAUGGAGAGCUAUCUUCUCUCUUCUGGUUGCAGACGGGGUCGGAAAUGGUGUUGCUCUUG